UUAGUGUUUUGCCACUUUUUUUUUUUUUUUUUGCUGCAUACUCUUUGCAACUGUUGGUUGUUUGUUAGCUAUGUGUUUACUCUCUCUCUUUCUCUCGAUGAAUCCAUCUUCUUCGACCUUCUUAGCCUCGUCACUAUUCUAAACCUAGCUGGAACUGAAUCAGUGAGCUCCUAAAGAAGAAGACAACAAUGAUGCAGACUUGUUGUAUCCAUCAGUCUUUGACUUUCCCUCAUAGAACUCUUCCAAGGUGUGAUGCUUCUUCCAUCGCUAUUAAACCCCCAAAAGUCUGUUUUACUGUUAAAAAACAGCCUUUUGGGGUUUCGAACUUUGUACGGGGAAGAAGAUUAUAUGUGAACUUGAAUGCUAAUGACUCGCACCCAUCCAUGUCUAUGUUUGAAGAAGUAACCUCCCCUGAAAACACCGCGCCGCCGGAAGCUGAGCUUCCAUUUAGUAAAUGGUCACCUUCUAAAUACAUAUGGAGAGGCUUAUCGGUCCCCAUCAUAGCGGGACAGGUCGUUCUCCGGAUACUGAAAGGCAAGAUCCACUGGAGAAACACUCUCCAGCAGCUGGAGAGAACCGGACCCAAGUCUCUAGGAGUCUGUCUUCUGACUUCCACGUUUGUCGGCAUGGCUUUCACCAUCCAGUUCGUUAGAGAGUUUACUAGACUAGGCCUCAACAGAUCCAUCGGUGGCGUCUUGGCUUUGGCCUUCUCUAGAGAGCUGAGUCCGGUCAUCACAUCGAUUGUUGUCGCUGGACGUAUGGGAAGCGCUUUCGCAGCCGAGCUGGGGACGAUGCAAGUCUCUGAGCAGACGGAUACGCUCCGUGUCUUGGGAGCGGACCCGAUCGAUUAUCUGAUCACGCCGAGAGUCAUCGCUUCGUGUUUGGCUCUGCCGUUUCUGACGCUCAUGUGUUUCACCGUCGGGAUGGCUUCGAGUGCUCUGCUCUCUGAUGCGGUUUAUGGGAUUAGCAUUAACAUAAUCAUGGACUCGGCUCAUCGAGCGCUUAGGCCGUGGGACAUUGUGAGUGCUAUGAUUAAGUCUCAGGUGUUUGGAGCUAUUAUAUCGGUGAUUAGCUGUUCUUGGGGAGUGACUACGACGGGAGGUGCUAAAGGUGUCGGAGAAUCUACAACUUCUGCUGUUGUUAUGUCUCUUGUCGGAAUCUUUAUUGCGGAUUUUGUUCUUUCUUCCUUCUUCUUUCAAGGUGCUGGAGAUUCUUUAAAGAACUGUGUGUGACAUACUCUUAUUUUUUUCUGGCUUCUUGAUCCAGUUUGAAUAUUUGUGGUUUAGAUCGGUUCAGUAAAUCAGUUCAAUCCAAAA